GGUAUUGAAUGCUUGGAGCAUCGUCAGUCUUACUCCAUCCUUUAUACAAGCAACAUCUAAAUUUAUUCGUGUCUUGGUUCAGUGUUUUCAUUUGUUCUGAAUAUUUUUGAAUUCCUCCCAAGGAAUUAUUUCACAAAAUUUGAGUCUAUUUUAGUGAAAACACUUUUAUCAAUCAUGUGUUGCGGAUAUGGACCUACAGUAACCUACCCCUGCUGUAGCCCCUGCUUCAGUGGGCGAUGCUUUGCACCACGAUGUGGGUUUUACAGUGGACCUUGUGGACCCUGCUGCGGAGGUGGCUGCUGUAGUAGCUGUGGACCAUCUUGCUAGGUUGGUCAUCAACCUAUUCAGGGAAAAUUGAAGGAUUUAUAACAGAGUCCUUGCGGAACAUUUUUGCAACACAUUUGUCAGCACACAAGAUAAUGUGAACAUAAAAAUCAGGCUUAAUAAAGGAUGUGUAUGAUGGCUCUCCAAACACUGCGUUUAUAAAAGGCGUUCCAACACUCUAUCCUAUUAAAUAUUACGCUAAUUGCAUCCAAUAAAUUAUCCGCAAGGAAUAAAUUUCUUUGUAUACGGCAUUGUUUUUAUUUGGGCAGUGCUAUUGAGACAGGUGUCGUGCUUAGGUUGGCGGGGUAUUGGGAAAUUAAUGAAAACUAAGGUUUAUCUGAGUUGGUCUUACUGCCGAAUGGUUUUCUUAUGGAAUAUUGAAACAGGCUUAUGAUUCAACUAAACAAAAUGCAAUAUUUGUUAUCAUAAUUUUGUUGCUCAUCGUUUCGACGAAUGGGCAAGGCUCCAACAAGGAUGAGCCGGAUAUUCUUUCGGAUUUAUUUAUUAGCCUGUAUGGCUCUUUAAUUUCCUGAUAGAUACCCACACAUGUUUAAAUAAGUUAUGUUCCAUACCGAAAUCUUUGUGAAAUUAUAAAUAUAUAUUUUUCCGGAAGAACUACUUCGUAAAAAAUGUUCAUCACAUGAGCCUUGCCUUUUUUUGUCAUCUGUCAAAUGUAGGUAGGUGUUGAACGCUUGGAAUAUCGGCAGUCUUACUCCAUCCUUUAUUCAAGCAACACCUAAAUUCGUUAGUGUCUUGGUUCAGUGUUCUCAUUUGUUUUGGAUAUUUUUUUAUUCCUAACAAGGAAUAUUUCAUAAAAUUUGAGUAUAUUUUAGUGAAAACACCUGCAUCAAUCAUGUGUUGCGGAUAUGGACCUACAGUAACCUACCCCUGCUGUAGCCCCUGCUUCAGUGGGCGAUGCUUUGCACCACGAUGCGGGUUUUACAGUGGACCCUGUGGACCCUGCUGCGGAGGUGGAUGCUGUAGUAGCUGUGGCCCAUCUUGCUAGGUUGGCCAUCAACCUCUUCUAGGAAAAUUGUCGGCGAAGAGACCGGGUUUGGACCAACUUAUACGUCAGCACAUAAAACUUAAACAAAAAAAUCUGACAAUAAAGGAUAUGUAAGAUGACUCUCCAAA